AUGAUCACAACAGUUGGGAGGCUUCGACCAGGAGUUCCGUCAACGCUCAACGCUUUCUGCUUAAAGGAUUAUGAAGAAGGCACGAGUCCUCAUCUUUGGGGAUUUCCCAACUACGAGAGAAAUACUCUCAAGGCAUCGUUUUACAAUCAAGGCAGGGUAUUGGCGUCUUUUAGGAAAAAUUAUUAUCCCGCGUAUUAUAACCACAUUUACGCUACUUAUAAUCGGGAGAAUGAUUACACCAUAAUUAAUGUCUAUUUUCCUCAUGUGGAUGAGCGAUGCAAUCGUCUAUUCGCCUUGGACACUGGAUACCUUCGUUAUUCUCCGACAUUAAGCUACGAUGUUCAAUAUCCAGCACUUCUUGUCUACGGAUUACCUGCAAAUGGAUGCCAAACGCGCAAUUUUCCAUUAAUAAGACGUAUUGAGAUACCGAAACAUCUUUGGACACUUUCAUUGGGUUUUAUAACUGUCACGCUCGAUUACCAACCCAAAGGUUCAUGUGAAGAUGUCAUAUUGUACAUAUGCAACACUUUGGAUAAUAGUUUAGUUGUGUACGAUUAUAAACGCGGGGAUUUCUGGUCUUUCGUGGAUGAUUCCAUGAAACCAAUUCUCUCUCAGACAGCCGUGUAUUUUAAAACAUUCACUUUUUAUGUUCCACUUGGAUUGUCAAAUAUUGUUCUUGGAUAUCCUGAUAAGAAUGGCGAUAGAAAUGCUUAUUACGGUCCAGCUGCAAGCUCUGUCGAAUACGUCGUGACAACAAAGUUACUUAAAAAUAAAAGAGCUGCUUAUAAAUACAAUCGAGAAUAUUUCACUCCAAUAGGCUAUCGAGGUUGUGGAGCUGAACGCUUUAAACAGGUCUUUGACCCAGAAACAGGAGUGAUUUUCUUCGGAGAAGCAAAUUCGCAUAGAAUCAGUUGCUGGAACACGCGACUUCCGUUCAAUCCAGAUACAAUUGGAGUUGUUUUUGAAUCAGAUCUUUUAUUAUAUCCUGCCGAUAUGUUCUUGGACACAGAAGGAUUUCUCUGGUUUUUAACAGAUCAACUUCCCAUUAUGUACAAUACCGCGGAUUUCCUUGACACUUCUGAAAUUAAUUCUAGGCUUUUCCGUGUAAACGCUUUUGAAGCUAUUAAAGGAACAAUUUGUGACAUUGACUAA